CCCCUUUGCUCUGUUUCUUUUGAUUUGUUUCGGAGCUAUUUCCGAUUGUUCUGUAAGCUGUAGUGAUUCAGUCAUUGCCCUUUGGGAUAAACUCAUUUCCUGAUUUGUGAUUGUUCUAUAAGCUAUUUAUAGGUUUGAUUUGAUUUCACUAGAUUAUCGUGCUUCGCCGCUACUGUGUUUUACUGUUGUGUUUUGAUGCUACUCAUUUCGGUUUUGAGCCUAAAUGAUUGAACCCAUGGGGAAGAAAAACAGAGUUCAUGUGUUCCGGGAAGGUGGAGAUCGGAGAAGAAGGGUGAAUAUGGAAAACAGUGCUGGAGAAGGAAAUUCCGCAAAUGUAGGAGUCCCUAGGAUUAGGCUCAAUGAAAGAAUUCUUUCUUCCAUGUCUCGAAGAUCUGUGGCUGCUCACCCUUGGCAUGAUUUGGAGAUCGGACCCGGUGCGCCGUCGGUUUUCAAUUGUGUUAUAGAAAUUAGCAAAGGCAGCAAGGUCAAAUAUGAGCUUGACAAGGCCAGUGGCCUUAUAAAAGUCGACCGUGUACUUUACUCAUCAGUUGUUUACCCACACAACUAUGGUUUCAUCCCGCGUACAAUCUGUGAAGACAGUGAUCCUAUGGAUGUUCUUGUACUGAUGCAGGAGCCUGUGCUCCCUGGAUCUUUCCUCCGAGCUCGUGCUAUUGGAUUGAUGCCCAUGAUUGAUCAAGGAGAAAGGGAUGACAAAAUCAUAGCAGUAUGUGCUGACGACCCAGAAUUCCGCCAUUACAAGGACAUCAAGGAGAUUCCCCCGCACCGGUUGGCUGAAAUUCGCCGAUUCUUCGAAGACUACAAGAAGAACGAGAACAAGAAAGUGGACGUUGAAGACUUCCUGCCAGCUGAAGCUGCCUGUGAUGCCGUCAAGUACUCCAUGGAUCUGUAUGCUGCUUACAUAGUUGAAAGCUUGAGGCAGUAAGUUUUUUUCUUCUUUCCCUGUUCUUAUCCAAUAACAGACUGGCUAUUAGACCAGUUAGCAGCACAUGUAAUGAGGCUGCUGUUAAACGUUGUAUAAAUGGGCCUUAAUGUCGGCCCAAUAGUGAAAUUUGGACAAUAUUGGCGGCGUGGCCCAAAAAGACCAAGUCUAUUUCAAGCUUGUUCUAAUCAUUAUUGCACCUUUAAUCCCAACAUGGCCUGCAAUUUUUUUAGGCUGCUAUUAUUUGAA